CAUCCUCUCCAUCCGAGCCGUACUUUUGGAGUCGAGUGACAGGCGUUCAUUGCGGUCGUAUUUUUAUUAUUUCUGCAUUUGUGGUUCUGGGAGAUUUUCUGCACGAUGACGCAUCUCGUAUUAAUUCUGUCACUCUGUGCAUGAUGACGCCAGCGUAAAUCAGGAGCACGAUUGCCUCAGCUGUGUUGCUGAAAUUUCCAUUGUCAUUAAGAUCUAUGAGCUGGUUGUCAUGCCACCCCCCCACCCCCCCCAUGCUCUGCUUUUCUUUGUCAAAUAAUACAUACGCACCCACCCUAGGGGGACAGUUGUGUUGGAUAAUCCUUCACUUCCUGUGUAGGUUAGAGAAAAGAGCAGUACGCUGACUAAACGGAUCACUUUCUUUGGAAAGUUUGGAGCAGACAAAAAACCAACACAACUUUCUCACUGCAUCCUGGAUGUCUGCCCUGUGUAAUGCAUUUGUCAGGUGUUCCUUCAAGAAGAGUCAUGACACGGAGGAACCAGACCGUCAGCAGCUCAUUCACAGGGUUUCCUUAUGAGUCUUGGAAAGCUUCAGUCAAUGUUUUUAGAAAUCGCUCAAGUCAUCCACAACAUAAUGCAAUACUUUUUUGACAUCUCAGUAACCUCCAGCCGUGUCUUACUUUCCUUUUUCAUUCCAUUUAUGAAGUGAUUUUGAUACAAUUUUUUGUGUCAUCCUUUCACAGAAUGAAAAAGUGAGUAAGCUGUGAUCAGUCAUGGCUGUCCAGGCCGGCAUCCAGGUUUGGUUUGGUGAAAAGUUUGAUGCCCCCUUGCUGAGCCCCAGGCGCCCUCACAGCCCGUUGGCACAAAGACAUGGUCCCGGCCUUGCAGAUGUCUUCCAGUACGAUCAGUGGCUGGCAGUGCGACACGAAGCCACGCUCGUGCCCAUGCAGGAGGAUCUCGCCAUCUGGCUCACCGGCAUGCUGGGAGAAGAGGUGCGGGUGGAGUUCUUCAUGGAGGAACUGAACAACGGCGUGAAGCUGUGCCAGCUUAUCGGCAUGCUGCAGACUAAGAUUGCCCAGAGCUGCCCCUCAGCGCUCAGUAAGUUGUUUCCCACCAACAAGGUUCCAUGUAAGCGGGACGCCUCUCCGGGUUCUUUCUUCGCCCGCGAUAACACUGCCAACUUCCUGGCUUGGUGUCGCCACAUCGGCGUGGAGGAAACGUACCUGUUUGAGUCAGAGGGUCUCGUGCUGCAUAAGGCACCACGGCAGGUUUGUCUCUGCCUGCUGGAGAUCGGCCGCAUUGUCUCCAAGUACGGCGUGGAGCCUCCUGUGCUGGUGAAGCUGGAGAAGGAGAUCGAGCUGGAGGAGACGCUGCUGAUGACCGAGGAACCGCCGGCAGCUGUCAAAACCUUCAGCGUCUGCUGCCAGCACGGCGGCCUCUACCAGCCUGAGGAUCAUGGCACGGACGAGCCGCCGUGCAACUGCUCCAACAGAGUGUCCAUUGAGUACCUGUCUGAGGGACGCUACAGACUGGGAGAUAAAACUAUCUUUAUUCGGAUGCUUCACGGUAAACAUGUGAUGGUGCGCGUUGGCGGCGGUUGGGACACGCUGCGUGGUUUCCUGAUGAAAUACGACCCGCUGCGAGUGCUGCAGUUCACCACUCUGGAGCAGAAGAUUCUGGCUUUCCAAAAAGGCCCCCCCGGCCUGGGCGGUCACCACGGCACCAGCGAGCCUCCCCCUCCUCCACCAGACAUGGACCCCCUUGCUGCUAUCGAUGACCUCACCCCGUCCUCGUCAUCUUCUUUAUCCUCGUCUUCGUCCUCCAUCUCGGCUUGUAAGCCCUCGUCCGUGGCUGCCGCGUGUCGCUCCCACGCCGCCUCCCCUGCCUGCACACCUACGUUACCCAGAAAAGGCAACGCAGCACCCAAGAAGAUCCAGGUGGCUCCAUCCUGCCCCAUGAAGCCCAACCAGCUUCCCUUAAACACCGGCACCAAAGGCUCCACUUCUCUGCCUGCCACGCCUGUCGGAAGCCUUGUGAAGCAGUCACCAAGCCCAGGAUGUCAGGGUGGGCAGGGUCAGCGCAAGGCUCUGACCCCGUCAGCAGCUCCUCCCCCCGUUGACUCAGGCUCUGUCUCUAGAGUCUAUAUUCGACCAUCGCCACACACCGAACUCCGUCAUCCUCGAAGCCCCGUGUGCCACGAACCUUCAUCCAAAUGUCCCAAACCCUCCAGCCCAUGCACCUCCUCUACUGCUACAGCUGUGCCUCGCCCCAACACUGCACCACCGCGUGCACCCACCUCUAAAGAUGCACGACCGCCAUCAGGCGCCAACCCGACUUCCCGACUCGCUCAGCGCCGUCCUGGUUCCCCAGCUUCACGCCUCCGUGUUGAGACAACCAGGCGGGCAUGGGCAGCAGUACAUCCAGUGGUGACGAUACAAAGACCACAGACACAACAAGCCCGUACGUUGACCCCCAGCUCACGAACGGCAUCCCCCUCACUGCCAAAACCUGCCAGCUCUCAGCCUAAAGGCAAAGAAGCGACCACCACCAAACCAAAGGGACCGGCGCUGGCAAAAGCAGCAGCCCCUCAACAUGUUACAGCUGCCCCUGGGCGGGACCCUGGGGGCAACACAGCACCUCCUCCCACUGGAAAAACCAAACAGAAAGCAGCACCCACAACCCAGAGGGCGGGGCAAAAGCAAGUCCACACUACUAAGUCCAACACCGUGAAGGUGACUCUAAAACCCGAAGCAAUACGGCCACAGCAAACGAGCCCCAAUGUCAAAGCUGGAGUUUGCAAAAAGACACUGCACUGUGAGGACCCUUAUUUUGAAAUGAACAGUAAGAGAAAGCAGUGGAAGUAAGGACACAACCAGUAGAUGGAUAAUCCACACAACAAAGCAGCACUCACUCUUCAAACACGUUGUCACUAAUUAUGAAAAUCCUUUAGACUUUUUUUUGGUCUGCAAAUUUGUUUGGAUUUUAUUUAAUAGUUUUUGUUUUGUUUUUUUUUAAAUCACAAAGCGUAGAAGACGUCUUCAUACGUAGUCAUGGAUUAUUGUUGACAUUUUCAAUUGCGUGUACCAGUUAACACUAAACUUGCACAAUGUUUACACUUUGGCCUUGUCUUGUUUGUAACAUCCUGUUACAGAAUAUAAUUGUGUCAAGUGACUAUUCUAGAGCAAAGGGUAGAACGUAAAACACUAACCUCAAACGUUUUUUAGCUUUAGAUCAGGUCUUGUUUUACUAAACCGUGCUAUUGGCCAUGUUUUAUUUUUUUCUGAGGGAAACCAGAGUUACCAAAGUGCACAAAGUUUAGACGGCCAGUGACACAACUGGAACAGAUGUUUGUGAAACACUUUCCCCAGUGAGAUGGUACUUUCCAUUGGCAGAUUUCAUAUAAAUGAUAUCUAGGAAGGUUUUCCUCAAUGGCGUUUGGAUGAAACGUCAUCGGGAACAGUUGUUCCUGUCAUGUGCCUUCAUCAGAUGUUUCUGGAUGGCUGAAUGUUGUAUAUUGAGGGGGGGUUAAAUAGUUUUUACUGUCUAAUUGCACAGUUUGUACAAGCACUCAGACUUUGGUUAAUCCGAGAAAGGCCAAGUCACAGAUUAACUACUGAUCUCGUCGUUUAACACUGCCCGCUGGUGGCCGGAAUCCUUUUCAGUAAACUACUCUUCCUUAAUAGUUUCUAAACGUUGUACGUGGUGUUUGUGUAUAGUGUAUGUGAUCAGUGAACGUUUUAUUUGGCACUUUAUGGAAACCGCUGUUGCAGUUCGAAUGUCAUGUGUCUCUGCUACGUUUUGUCUGUUAUUUUGAUGAAUAAAUGUUUU